AUGUGUAUCAGAUACAGUAUAAUAUCUCACAAUUCCAGCAGUAAUGGUAAAGUUCCUCACAAAUCUGACAGUGGAAAGAAGAAAAAGAAAUCAGGAGAUACAAAGAAACAGCCUGAAAGCGAACAGAAUGAAUACUGGGAUUUAGUCGCUGAAACACCACCAAUAAGCUCUGAUGAUUCAAACACCUGUUGGAAUGUUUUAACAAAAAUUUGUGUGAAUAUAUUCAGUAUCAUCCUGUUUUUAAGCGUUCUUGUAUCAACAGGAUUAACGAGGAUUAUCAUUCAUUUAAUGAUCUGGAAGCUGAAUCCACCGCAAGCUAACUCAACCACAACAAUAGAUAAAUUGGGAGGUCUUCUUCAUCUUGUGGAAGACAAAACAUUUCUUAAGUUUAACUGCACUCAAAACAAUUCAAAUAACACCCAAUGUGCUUCUUCAUAUCUUAGAAAAGAGGAUUUCCCGGCGGUUUGGGAAUGUGUACCAACAAGUCCUCAUUUAUGCCAAUUAUUGGAAGAAACACCCUCGGUAAAUGUGAUGUGGAUUUGGGGUCUCAUUAUUGCUAUAGUGGUUCCGGACAUCUGUACAAUUAUUCUUUCACUAUGGAGACUCUGUUUUAAGGAAACUCAAAAAUUUGACUUAAGAAUGAUGAUAUUGAAUCUAGUGGUGGAGACACUUCACACAACAGGCCUUUGUCUUCUGGUUUUCCUUGUGCUGCCAGCGUUUGACCCAAUCACUGCUUCUCUUUUGUCUUACUUAAUCAUUUUCUUUCCAGUAGUUUUUAGUGUGUUUUGUGACUUCAAAUUCUCUGAAAGGGCUAUAAAAGCCAUGACACACAAAGUGGUCAAUGGUUCUUGUAUUGAAAAAAGAGAGUUGCCUGAAAGUAAAAAUGAUACUGAUAUUGAAAAGGAGUUACCAGAAAGUGGAAAUGGUUCUGGUAUUGAAAAAGAAAAAGAGUUGUCAGAAAGUAAAAAUGGUUCUGGUAUUGAAAAAGAAAACGAGUUGCCAGAAGGUACAAAAGGUUCUGGUAAUGAAAAAGAAAACGAAUUGCCAGUAAGUAAAAAUGAAAAUAACACCAAGGCAUCUGCCAAUGUCUUCAAUAUUACACAAAUAGUUGGACUUUUAUUUUUUCUUAUCUCAUUGGCUCUUGCAGGUUGGUAUAUUUACGAAAAAUCAGGAAAGGAAAAUGUUGCUUUGAUUCUUUGUUUCUUAUUAAUAUCUUUGCUACUGGUUUCCGUAACUUACUGGGAAAAUUUCCUAAUGUUUAGUUCCCCUAUAACUCUCGAAAAGGAUACAAAUCAGCUAGAAAGUAUAAAAACAAGGCUAAAAAAAUUUCUCAUGGAAUUUAUCCGAUCUAAAAGAGAAAAGGUUUCACUGUUUACAGCUCUCUGGAAAGUGGCUUUGUCUAUUUUGUUUCCAUAUAUCAUUUUUUCAAUAAUGUCGACCGAUGAUUCAAUUGCCCUAGACACAGUUAAAGCAAUUUCUUUACUUGGGACUUCAAAAGUAAAAACAUUGACGGGUAAAGUUGUUCUUGAAUCCAGGACUUAUUUUUCUUACGGCUGUGGAAGACAUGAUUUGGAUAUUCUUAUAAUAAUUUGUGUUGUUCUUGGGUUUGUUGGAUUUAAGAGUGCACGAUUUGCAUGUAGAGUCAAUCUUCAGUACUUUUGUUUUUCUUUACCUCUCGUUUUAAGUUUGCUGGGUACUCCUCUUUUGAUUAUACCCGUUAUGAUGUUUCCGUUGUUCUGGACGGCUCAGGACUGUAACAUUGUGCAACCUUUAUGGAAGUUAAGACUGACGUCCACUGAAGACAUAUGGCAGGUGAUUGCAUCUGGAUGUUUUGGAUUUGUUGCGUGCAUUCUGCUAACUUUAUACGUUUGGACAAACAAUGGAUCCAAGCUGGUAAAGUGCGACAGAUUAUUCCGGCAACCGCCAUACUGUGGAAUUUUUCUAAAUAUUUCUUUACUUCUAACGAGAUGUAAAGACACGACGGAAUAGAAAAUGGAGGAAAAUAAUGAGGAAGCAGAAAAAUAUACGGGAUCAAUCGACAGUGAUAAAUACUAUAGGCCAUUUGUGUAUUUUUGUGCAACUAUGUGGCACGAGACUGAAACUGAAAUGACACAGCUACUGAAAUCCAUCUUUAAGGUUGAUUAUGAACAAUUCAUUCAAAAAGAGCACGAAGAAAAAAUCAAAGCAAAGAAAAAGUCAUAUAUUAACGAAGACGUUUAUCAAUUUGAAGUGCACGUCUUUUUCGAUGACGCAUUUAAACCGAGGAAAAACAAAACUGGUAAACUAAUGAAAGGCAGAAACGUUAAUAAUUAUGUCAAGACACUUGAGGAUGUGAUUCCAAAAACAGCUAAAUCAAUAUACGGCGGAUUCGAGUUAGGCGAAGUUCAGCGAUAUGAGACCCCUUAUGGAGCUAGAUUCGAGUGGGAGCUACUAUCAUCACAGAAACUUGUUGUGCACCUAAAAGACAAAACGAAAAUAAGGCAUCGGAAACGUUGGAGCCAGGUGAUGUACCUUUACUAUCUUCUAUUAUUUAAAAUGAAUAAGACUAAAGAAAGACAAAAAGAGGAACUGCAAAACGGUGAUGGAGACUUAGAGGAAAAAAUGAAGAGCUUUGCUAAUAAUACAUUUAUACUAGCAUUGGAUGGGGACGUAGAUUUUGAGCCGGAGGCAGUAUCACUUCUGCUUGAUCGCAUGAAAAAGGAUCCAUUGGUUGGGGCUGCCUGUGGUCGUAUUCAUCCCAAAGGUUCCGGCCCUAUGGUUUGGUAUCAAACGUUUGAGUAUGCUGUAAGCCACUGGCUUCAGAAGGCCACAGAGCAUGUUUUUGGUUGUGUAUUAUGUUCUCCUGGAUGCUUCAGUCUGUUCCGAGGUUCAGCAUUGCUAGCAGAUAAUGUUAUGAAAACCUACACUAGAGUGCCAACUGAAGCUGCUCAUCAUGUGCAGUACGAUCAAGGUGAAGACAGAUGGUUAUGUACCUUAUUGUUGAAACAAAAGUAUAGGGUAGAAUAUUGUGCUGCCUCAGAUGCUUUGACCUUUGCCCCGGAAGGAUUUUACGAAUUUUAUAACCAGAGAAGACGUUGGGCUCCAUCGACUAUGGCAAACAUUUUGGAUCUUUUAAUGAAUGGAAACAGUGUCAGAAAAAUGAAUCAGAACAUAUCAAGACCGUACAUUUUUUACCACAUAUGUCUAUUCAUUUCCUCAAUACUGACCCCAGGAACAAUUUUUCUGUUGAUUCUUGGAGCCAUCAUAACAGCUUUUCCACAAAUUGAACCAUGGCUUGCUCUUCUGUUAAAUGGUGUUCCUGUGGCCAUUUUCAUAAUCUCGAUUUACGUCGCCAAAGAGGAAACGCAGCUUAUGAUUGCGGCAAUAUUGUCGACGCUUUACAGCUUGGUCAUGUUGGUUGUUCUGAUAGGGUUGCUGAAAGAGGGCGUCGAGGCACAGUUUUGCUCAGUUACAACUGUCUUUUUUUGUUUCGUGGCUGGAGUCUUUAUGAUUGCUGCAUUCUUACACCCAAAGGAAUUUACCUGCAUUCUGCACGGACUGCUUUAUUUUCUGGCUGUUCCCUCGAUGUCUAUGCUUCUGAUUUUUUACUCUGUUGGCAAUCUGCAUAACGUUAACUGGGGAACUCGAGAAAGUAAAACAGCGAAAACAGAACACUCUUCUCAAAUGAUAAAGAAACGAGUUCUAGGCCAAUCGUUUUCUAUUGGGGACUGGUGCAGAUGUAUUUUAUGUUUUAACGAAAUUGAGGAUAAGGGACCUGAUGUGUCAGAAGAAGCAAAGGAAUCAGACGAAGAAAACCAGCCAGAGAAGGAGUCUGAUGAUAAACAGGAUGAGAAAAGUCUAGGCAAAUCCGAGAAGGGACGAGUAGACGAGGGAGACCAAAACAAAUCAAAAGCGGAAGGAUCCAAAGAUAAAACAAAAGUAUCGGGAAAAAAAGGACAAAAGGAAAACCAAAAACGUGGUAUUUUCAAAGAGUGCAAUCCCAUAGAAAAAGACGAAGAGGACUUUUGGAGAAAAUUUAUUAAAAAAUACCUAAAACCUUUGAACAUGAACGAAGAAGAGAAGGCAAAAAUGCAGUCCGAGCUUAUUGACCUUAGAAACAGGGUGUUUUUCUUUUAUUUUAUAACAAAUGCCAUCUUUGUUACAAUUGUUUAUGUUCUCACUCAAGUAAAUACUUAUCAGAACACACUUUCAAUACCUCUACCAUGCAGUGUUGGUGAAACUCAAGGCGUGAUCGAACCAAUCUCUAUCGCUUUUACUCUUGUUUUUGGAAUUCUGCUUUUUAUUCAGUUUUCUGGAAUGUUAACACAUCGUGUAUCAACAAUUUCUCAUAUAGUAGCUUCAACAAAAAUCCUUAAUAAGGAAUUAGAUAGGAAAAUCCCGAUCAAGAAAUUUGAGAAACCAAUAGCUGAUGAGGAAAAAGAGGAUAUCAGAAUUAAUAGAACUGCCACUCAGAGAUGGAAAAUAGUUAAAGCGGGAAUCGGACUCCAGAUUCUUUCUGGAAAACGUGAAUUGAAACAACAGACCAUUGUAGACCUCAGAAAGAAUAUCCAAAGCAAGUUCGAAACGAUUGAAGAAGGCAAGGAAGAAAAUGAAAUUCUUAAGCGCUAUCCAGAUAAGCCUGUCCCUACAAUGACUAUGAGUAUGAGUAUGAAAGAUUUUCCAGAAGCUUCAUCCCCUCCCUUGGAUACUAGGAAUCCCAGAUCCACGAACGAAUGAAUAUAGGGAUUGAAUUUAUUUAGUUUUGUUUUAUCUUAAUUUAUUAUGUUGUCUUGGCCCUAGAAAUCGAACGUUAACAUGAAAAUUCGCCAGAUUUUCUGUUUGCUUCAGUAUAGG